UCCGUACUAGUAAUUAACCACAUGUGAAAUAAACAUUGAACAUUGUAUGUCAGUAUGUUUUAUCUAGUUGGACUUGGGCUUGGUGAUGCGAAAGACAUCACUGUCAAAGGGCUUGAAGUUGUAAAGAGUGCAAAACGUGUUUAUUUAGAAGCCUACACGUCAAUUUUGACAGUUGGCAAGGAUGCUUUGGAGAGUUUCUAUGGCAGAGAAGUUAUCCUAGCAGACAGGGACAUGGUGGAAACUGAGUCCGAUGCAUUGUUGGCCGACUCGGAAACAGAAGACAUUGUAUUUCUUGUUGUGGGUGAUCCUUUCGGAGCAACCACUCAUACAGAUUUGGUGCUACGAGCCAGACAGAAAGGUGUUCAAUACAAGGUCAUACAUAAUGCUUCCAUCAUGAAUGCCAUAGGUUGCUGUGGCCUACAGCUGUAUAACUUUGGAGAGACCGUAUCAAUUGUAUUUUGGGAUGAAUCGUGGAAACCAGACAGUUUUUAUGAUAAAAUAUGUACCAAUCUUCAGAGAGGCAUGCAUACUUUGUGUCUUCUAGAUAUCAAAGUGAAAGAACAAAGUAUAGAAAAUCUUAUGAAAGGCAGAAAAAUCUAUGAGCCACCUCGCUAUAUGUCAGUGAGUAAAGCAGCAGAACAACUGGUAGAGAUAGUAGAAAAUAAAAAAUCUGAUGGACAGACAGAUUUAUUAUUACAUGAAGACAGUAUAUGUGUUGGUGUAGCCAGAGUGGGAGCAGAAACACAGACUAUAUGUACCUCCACACUGAAGAGUAUGACUUCCUGUGACCUUGGAGAGCCAUUACAUUCAUUGGUUAUCCCAGGUCACAUGCAUCCAUUAGAACUUGAUAUGUUGAAAUUAUUUACAACUGACGGAAAUGUUUUACAAAAAUUAAAUAAAUUGUACUCUUGAA